AUGCCGCCGCUGCUGCUUCAACCACAUGCCAGCCUCUCCCACGCCGAAGCCCUACAAGUCGCUCAACAAGCUCCAGAGUUCUUACGAAAGAAUCCAGCAUCCUAUUCAGCAUCGCCACUGCUGUCACUAUUCUCCCCACCUGAGAACUCAAAGAUAUGGACAAUAUACGAGAAUCUUCUGCUGGCCUGUUUGCGCACCGGUGAUAAUACUACUGCGCACCAAUGCCUUGAAAGAUUGGUGGUUCGAUUCGGAGCGGGCGAUGAGCGCAUUGCGGCUCUUGAGGGCUUAGUGAAGGAAGCCGAGGCAACAAACAACAACGAGCUCGAGAAGGUGUUGAAAGAGUACGAGGCGAUCCUGGCGGAAGACAACACGAACGCACCAAUCGCAAAAAGAAGGAUUGCACUCUUACGUACGAUGGGGAAAAAUGCCGAAGCAAUUGAAGCUUUAGUACAAUUUCUCGACUUCGCAUCCACCGACGCCGAGGCUUGGAUAGAGCUGUCAGAUUUGUAUGUGUCCCAAGGGCUUUACGGUCAAGCCAUCUAUGCCCAAGAAGAGGCACUUAUCAUUGCGCCUAAUGCGUGGAAUCUACAUGCUCGUCUUGGCGAGAUACAUUUCAUGGCUGCUGAGUGUGGCAGCGAAGGAAACUCCCAAAGCUAUCUUGCCGAGAGCUUAAAACGCUUUUGCAGAAGUGUUGAGCUGUCUGACGACUAUUUACGAGGCUACUAUGGGCUGAAACGAGUCACUGAUAAGCUCCUAAAUGGAGACUCCAAAGCGAAGAAAUCAUCAGAGUCAAAUGAGCUUACUCUACCAGAGACUUCGACAAUUGAGAGGCUCAACGAGGCCGCAACGAAGAAACUGGGCGACAUUGUGCGAAACUUCGACGCGAAGGCUCCUCAGUGGCAGGGAUACGACGCUGGAGAGGUUGCGGCCGCCCGUGCCUAUCUUUCAGACACUUCAUACAAGGUUGUGCGAUGA